AUGCACGCUGAAGCGUUGACGCAAAUGCUUCGGGCCAUCAGCAUGGCCAUCGUGGAUGACACUGACAUAAAGCGGGGCGGUGACGAUGAACAGCUGAGCGGCAUGGCGACAGCAUGGACGUUGCUACGAUUGCCAAGGUGGAAGAGAAAGAGGUCUGAUAAGGCAAAGGCUGCGACGACGGCCUGUAAACAGACCUCAGUGGAUGCACGUUGCCCAAAGACCGUGCUCAAUCUGGUGCUGUCCAUGAUCAAGCAGCAGCGCCAAAUCGUUGCGGAGGCCGUGUCCGGCUUGUCUUCCUCUGCAUUGUCGAUCAGAUACUCGUGCAUCUGCUGA